AUGGCCGACAUGACCCAGGUUCCCAUCAACGGCAACUAUGCCGCCCAGCAUGGCUUCCCCGACUCCUUCAACCCCGCCCACGCUGCCAUGAACACCGCCGCCAAUUUCCAGCCCGCCCAGUCCUCCACUCCUACCACCGCCACUCCCACCGAACAGCAGAAGAAUGAGAUCACCAAGGACGAGGUGGGCUGGUUCUUUGUCGAGCAGUACUACACCACUAUGAGCCGCAACCCAGACAAGCUGCACCUCUUCUACUCCAAGCGCUCCCAGCUGGUUUUCGGCACCGAGGCCGAAUCCGUGCCUGUCGCUAUCGGUACCAAGGCCAUCAACGACAAGAUCAAGGCCCUUGACUUCCAGGACUGCAAGGUCCGCGUCCUGAACGUUGACUCCCAGGCUUCCUUCGACAACAUCCUGGUCUCUGUCAUCGGUGAGAUCUCCAAUAAGUCGGAGCCCUCGCGCAAGUUCAUCCAGACCUUUGUCCUGGCUGAGCAGCCCAACGGCUACUACGUUCUCAACGACAUUUUCCGCUACCUGGUGGAAGAGGCCGAGGCCGAGGCCGAGACUGUGUCUGAGGACGCUGCUGCCCCCGCUAUCGCCGAGGUCCCCGAGGUCGUUGAGACCGCCCCUGCGGCCGAGGAGGCUCAGGUCACCGACGAGGCCGCCGCCACCAAGGUUGGUGAGAAGCUGGAGAAGGAGGCCAAUGGCGAGACCGAGCAGCCUGAGGAGGUCGCGCCCCAAACCAACGGUACUCCUGCCCAGGAGGAGGUUGAGGCCCCCGCUCCCGUUGUGAAAUCUGAGGAUCUGAAGGACGAGGAGCCCCUGACCCCCGAGCCCUCUCCCGCUCCCGCCCCCGAGCAGAAGGAGGUCCCCGCCGAGAAGGAGGCUGCCCCGGCCGCUCCCGUCCCCGCGGUCCCCAAGACCUGGGCCAGCAUCGCCUCCAAGGUCACUGCUGCUAAGGCUGCUGCUGCUGCUGCCGCCGCCGCCGCUGCCGCGCCUGCAGCCCCUGCUCCUACUCCGGCUGCUGCUCCUGCUCCUGCUGCUGCGGCUGCUGCCCCCAAGGCCAACGCUCCCGCCGCCACUGGCUCGGCUUCAACCGCCCCUCGGGCUGCUGCCACUCCUACUCCCGCUGCUGAGAAGGACGCUACCGCCACCGAUAGUGCUGGCUGGCAAACCGCCGGUGCUGACCACAAGAAGACCCAGUCUCGCGCCGGUGAGGAGCAGGUCGUCCUAGGCUAUAUGAAGAAUGUCACCGACAAGGUCGAUGCUGGUCUCUUGAAGCAGACCCUGAGCCGCUUCGGCAAGCUGAAGUACUUCGACGUCAACCGCCCCAAGAACUCCGCCUUUGUCGAGUUCGCUGAGCCCUCCGCCUACGCCGCUGCCGUCGCUGCCAACCCCCACCAGAUCGGCACCGAGCAGAUUGUUCUCGAGGAGCGUCGCCCCCGCACCAACGCCUUCGGCAACGGCUUCCAGGCUGGUCGUGGCGGUGGCCGCGGUGGUCGUGGUGACCGUGGCGGCAGCCAGGGUCGUGGUGGCUUCCAGCGUGAUGGCCGUGGCGGCUUCGCGCCUCGCGGUCGUGGCGGCAAUGCGGCUGCCAAGGCCCGCAACGGCGCCCCGGCUGCUUAA